ACAUGCAGGGCAGAUAUAUGUAGUGAUUUUGAUUACUAAAGCAGCUACUCCAGCUGUGUUGCUCCUCCCUCCAAGUGUAUUUUCAUGGAAAAAACAUUUUCAGCUGCUUCGUAGUUUGAAUAUUCUAGGGGGCAAAACACCCAUCCAGAACACAGCUCAGAUUGCAGCAAAGACUGGCCUUGUUUAACAGCCCCUCUUUAUCCCUCGCCCCAAAAUGAAUUUGCUGUUCAGCUGCAUGCAUAAGCUUUGCACGCCAUGGUUUUGCAAGCACCCUUAGGAAGUGGUAUAUCCAAGUCAACCAGGAAGCUGGACAGAGUAUUGGACUUCCAACUGUUAUAAAUAUGUAGUUAUGCACUGCCAUUUCUUUGGUUUAAUAACUGCUUCUUGUUAGAUAUUUUGGCACCACUCAUAUCUAGACAUAUCUAGACAUCUAGAUAAAGGAAAAUACAUUUGCGUGAACUUCCCUCAAGCUAAUGUGGCUAUUAUUAGCCACAUUUCCCCUCCCCAUGAAAAUUGUUCUAUUAUAUACUAUUGAAAUAAUUAUACAGUCAUACCUCUGCUUACGUCUCCCUCUGGAUAUAUAAACUUCAGGAUGCGAACCCGGCAAACCCGGAAGUAUUUUUCCAGGUUUCACCGCAUGCGCAGAAAUGGUCCUCUGGUUGCGAAUUCCUCGGGAUGCGGCCGGACCUCGUUUGCAACUGGAGGUACCACUGUACAUCAUGUCCAAGGCAUCUUACAGCAAUAAAUAUACAAAUAAAUACUAUACUUUUUAUGCAGAUAGUAUCAAAAACAAAGCAGAUAAAAGAAGCAAUUGAACAACAAAGCAGCUACGGUAAAAAUCCAUGAAAGAUAUAAUCUAUCACUUAGCAUUGGAAGGCACAUUAACCUGGGUGAACAGCUUAUUUGAACAGAGAAGGCUUUACAUGCUGACAGAAUUCCAGCAAAGAAGGGGUCAGAUGGACCUCUAAGGAAAGAAACAGUAUUAGAAACUCAGAUAUAUGAGCUAGAUACCAAAUGGCACCUUAAACCUAGGUUACAGUCACCACAAUGGUAGGGGGGGUUGGACUAGAUGAACCUCAGGGUCCCUUCCAACACAACUUUCUACAGUCCUAUGAUUCUAUGACCUCAACUACAUUGCUUGACUGUAGUUUGCUUUUACAACAGUUCACUUAUCCCAGUAUGCAAGAAGGAGAAGAUGGAAAUGGUAUUAACUGUUGACUAAGGCAGAGGUUUUUAAACUGUGGUUUGUGAGUUCCAUUUGGGUGGGUUGUGGAAAGGCUGCAGCACAGUCAAAUAUAUCUGUAGUCAGCCCUGCACUUACUUUCCUUGAUACAGUGAUGAAUUAUCAAAAGGUUAACAAGGCCCUAGGCUAGGCCCCACUAAUGCAGUGCUGGUUUUGAUGAUGAUGGGGGAAAACAUGUUUUUAUUUUUCAAAUAUUUGUACAAGAUGGGAUUUUCAUCACUGCUGGACCCAAACCAAGGCUAAAGAGACAACUUUUGCUGUGCACAAGUCAGCUGACUCGUCAGAGAUGUCAUUCACAAUUGGACCUGCAGCAGUAGCAACACGUGCCUGUGGAAUUUCGAACACUGGAAGGAAGUGUGUUACAGAGCCUGGGUGUAGCUAUCAAUAAAGUUCCUCCUCCCCAAUAUCCCUGUGAGAUAUGUCCUAGUAACUGGUUUGGGUUAGCAGUUGAUCAGUAGUGUCACAGUGGCCUGGGUGGGCUACUUCAGAGUAACGACUCCACACGGCUCUGCAUUUUAUCUUUUUAUUGGUGCUGCGUAUUUACAGUGCUAAAGGCAGUACUAUUUACAGAGACACAUCUUAUCCGCUUGAAUCAGAACCUCCGAAUGGCGUUUGGCGCGUUUUUCUCCAACAUAACAACUUGGGGAGACCCAGCCUCUUCCCCCUACGUUUUCUGCGCAAUUCCGGAGUUGGGGGAAUAGGUCUGCCCCCCUUGCUUCCCUCUUCCUGUCCCACCUGGGACGAUGGCUCCGCUACCCUGCCUGAGCCUCGGACACCACUUCCUGCUUCCCCACUUGAGUCGGAACUCUCCCUGCUUUCCCCUGCGCUCGGGGAUGGGCUGGAACUCAGGAGGGGAGGGACUUCGCAAUAUCCCCUGUCCCUCACAAGUAGUGUUAUGGACCAGCUGAAGUUUCCAAAUGAUUUUCAAGAGCAGUUCCAUGUAGUAUGUUGUUAUAACGCUGUCAAGAUGUGACUAAGGUUGAUUGUCAGUUUAGCCUCAAGGAAUGGGCACAGUUCAUGCAUCAGCAUAAGCUGUGCAAACCUACCCCUGGCCACCACUGACAUCUGUGCAUUUAGGCUCACCUGUGAGAGUAUAACCACAAUACAAUGGGAAUUUUAUGCUAUCUAGCACAGGUUGAUUCCUACCCCCUGAUCUAAAUUUUGCUGUCCUGGAGCACCUCUGUCUUGUGGAACACAGAACUUUACUAUUUCUUGCCAUUAUAUUACAGGAACAGCUGGAUCUGACCUUUGAACCGCAAGUUGCAACUUCUCAAUGAUAUACCUUCAGGUUUCAGACUAACUCUGUCCACCCAUGUUGGCCAGUGGAUUAUUGCUGAGCAUCAAAGGGUAUAAGAGGACUUGCUUUUUCAGUUGAGUCUUGCCGGAGCAGCAAGGUCUUCCUGAGCUUUAGUGUUUUCCUAGUUAUUGGUCAGUCCUGAUUUGAUCCUUCUAUCCUUUUUUCUAGUUCUGACUUAUAGGUCCUGACUGCUGUCUGAUCCCAUGGUCCCUGGUUAUUGACUCCUGGUCACUGCAGGCUGUUACCUUUGGUUUAGCCUUGCUACAAAGAUAGAAUCAUUGAAUUGUAGAGUUAGAGGGUACCCUGAAGGGUCAUCUAGUCCAACCCCCGCAAUGCAGGAAUUUCAACUAAAGCAUCCACGGCAGAUGGCGAUCCAACCUCUCUUUAAAAAUCUCCAAGGAAGGAGAGUCCAUCACCUUCCAAGGGAGUUCUUGCCAUCAGAAUGGUUUUCCUGGUGUUUAGUUCAAAUCUCCUUCAUAUUGGGUUCUAGUGUGGUUCCCCUCCAAAGGAAAAGGGGAAUGGAGCAUUUCUGUGUAAUGAAAGAAGAGACAAACUACCCUAUGUAUAAUCUAUACUGUGGCUCUUAUUUAGGUUAAUAAGUUAUAAGCCUUGUGCCACUAUGUGUAGCUUUAUCUCUCAAACUGGAAUAAAUUCAGUCUCAAACAGUUUCAAGGGGUAGGAUCACAUUCAUAGUUUAAGGCCCUUACAAUGUUUUGUAGACAAGGGAACAGAAUUUUUUUGGAUCUCUCUGUUACCCUGUUUCUCCUAAAAUAAGACAUACCCAUAAAAUAAGCUGUAGUAGGAUUUCUAAGGAUUUGCGCAAUAUAAGCCAUACCCCGAAAAUAAGACAUAGUGAUAGGCACAGUUCUGGAGGGCGCCAAAGAAGAGGCUAGGCUGGACAUGUAAUUAAAAAAAUAAGACAUCCCCUGAAAAUAAGCCACCGUGGGUUUUUUUGAGGAAAAAUAAAUAUAAUACGGUGUCUUAUUUUCGUAGAUCUAAUGCAUACCAUUUUAGUAAUUCACUGGGCAAAUGGACUAUUAAUGAAACAUAAAAGCACAGCUUUUUUGCAUGUUCCAAAGUCUUCAUGACCAAAUACCACAAGUAUUGCCUGUCAGAACUUCUUAAUAAUUUCCGCACUUUCUUAGGGGUGACAUUGCCACCUACUUGCCCCAUCCUCUUACACUCAUAUUGUAUAACAAAGUUGCCUUUGACCUUAGCCUGAGAUAAUUUCAGUAGUGAUAUUGAUGCUUUUUUAUUUUAGAGAUAUUUGUUUAUUCCAUUAUCUGGGGAAUAUCACACUGAAUAUCUGUAUCUAGCAUGACCAGUUAUUUCUUAUUGUCUGUCAUCCAUAUACUGCAUUUUACUGUGUAUAAGACAAUGCUUUUUUAUUUUUUUAAAAAAAUGUUUUAAAUUGUGGGUUGUCUUAUACACGGAUAUUGCAGAGGAUGGACGGGUGAUUGGUUGCACCUGUGAGCAGGAGAUUGUCAGCGGUGAUUUGACGGGUUAUUGGUGGUUGCAGCAAGGCCUGCUGGCGAUUGUUUGCUGCUGUGGCAAUUGGGCGGGCGAUUGGCUGCUGCGAUAAGGCGGGUGAGUGGCAACCCCCCCCAAAAGCUCAACUAUUCUCAGCAAUCUCUCCCCAUUUUUCUGUGUUAUACACAGUAUAUAUUUUUUUAAAAAACACUGCUUAAUAGCAUUAACUUUUGACUUCUUUGUCACACAAUUAUUUAUAGAAGAAUUUAGGUUGCAAUCUUAUUCAUACUUCCAGCUAAGAUCCAUUUACCCCAUUGGGUACAAGUAUAGCAUUACACUGUUAAUCACUUUUAUUUUUCUGCAACACACUAUGAAAAACCUUCAUUUAGAACCAAUAGACACGGCAUAACAUUUGUUUAAAACUUGGAAGUAUGAAACUUGCAGAGCCGUUCUGUACUAAUAUCACACGGGAGGGGGGGGGAAGAGUUGCAUCACUCUCCUCUCUCCUCUCCUCCUCCCCAUCCCAUUCUGAAGCCUGCUGAAGUAAGAUCUCACUAGUUAUCUUCCAUACCCUAGCAACAAAGAGAUAACACAUGUGAUGAAGUCAUGGCCUUCAUUGAUCAGUAUCCUGAAUGGAAGAGAUUCUGAAAGGGAAAGAAAUGUGCAUUGGGUUGCUGACUGGCUGCCCCAGCAACCCUUUUGUGCUUGGGACAGUGGUUUGGCAGCAGAGUAGUACCGGUAGGUGUAGUUUUCCUGAUUGCACCAGCUUCAUGGCAGGAGCACCUACCUGUCAUGGAGCUUGCAAGGAUGCAGGCAACUGCCCUGGAGGAAGUACGUUACUAAUCCCAUAAAGAAACAGCCGGGAGAAUCCUGGUCCUUGCUCUUGGUGUUGGAGUGGGUCAGCUCAAACAACACACUAUUGUUCAGUUACAGCAAACAAGGUGGGGGAAACAAGACAGCCACAGCAGUUAAAUUUUGCAAUGUGUCUUUUCCUCUUCCCUUGCUUACCUGUGUUGGGUGCCUUCUCCUCGUAUCUUAGUUGUGGGAACGGAGCUUGGUGUUGGGGGUGUGUCUGGAGUCCUGAGGCAGGGUAUCUAGUGGGGUUCUCAGCUCAGGAGCAUUAGCCAUGUGGGCUCUGCAAACCUUCUGUUUUGUGCACAAUGUCUUUUCCUCAUAGUUUAACAUCACUAGAGUUCCCACUUGUAAACUCGAAGUGUGAACUACAUGAGGCCAGGGAAUUAAAACCCAUUCCAUAAAUUCUUACCACCUGAGUUGUGGUCUUUCUCUUUGAGGUUUAUAUAUUGAAGGUGAUGUGUUGUGAUUGGGUGCUGAAUUGCACUAGAUCCUAUGCUCUGUUGUGGCAACUAUUGACGCGAGCGGCAGUUUUAAUCCCCCCCCCUUUCAUUUAAGUUGAUGGGAGCAACUUAUUGGUGCCAGGUUCUGGUGUAAAGUUGCACUGUUUACAGGAACAUGGUGUAAUUGAAGGGGCAUAGAGAAUGAUGUAACUGUGCCCUGUUUAAACUCUUCUGCUGGCAUAUCUUUGCUGAGGAAUUGUUCUGCAGAUGUAAGGUGCUACAUUUUUCGUGGCAGUGGCGUAUCUGGCACUCUGUGACUGUAAAGGAGGCGUUCAGCAAAUCCUGUUGCUUCUCAGCUGACAUAUAUUCAGCAUAAGACUGCACCUUUUUCUCCCAUGUAAUAUUUCAGAUAAGUAAUAUUUCAGAUAAGUUCCAAAUAAAGACUUGCUGGUGAUCUUCUUGCAAAGCUACUUAUUGGCAAAGGCUGUAAAUAAAGAGAAAGCAAUAGUUGUCAAUUAUAAUAUCUUUGCUAACCAAAUCAAACUCUAGAUAAAGCAGCCAAAUAAAAUACUGAAGUGUUAUCUUUUUUCUUAAAUACCGUAUGUUCUUCUAGGGUCAGAUUCUUAUACCACUUGGGUUUUGUUGUCGAUACUGUUGCUAUCUUAAAGAACUAAAAGUUCAUUUUUGUUUACUUAAAGCCUGCUUGCUCUUCACUUACUGUAUGAUAUCUAGAUAUGUAAAAUUUUCAGAAAUUUUGAAACCAUUUUUAUGGAGAAAAUGGGUUUGGGAAAAUAUAUUUUUAAAAUGCAAUAUGGUUUUUUUAAAAAAAGUAUUUUACAUAUCAAAAGUGACUUUUUUUACUUUAGGAGCAUAGGAUGUAUUAUGCUUACCAUAGAUAUAAUGUCUGGCAUAUUAAAAGUACAGGUUAUUCAGACAACAAUUAGGGGCUGCUGAACUUUAAGGAAUCUAGCAACUAUUUGCUUGUGGCUGUUAAUAAGGAGCAGGCAAAAAAAUAAAAAUAAAAACAGAAACCACUAAUAUUGUAAAACCAUUUAUUUUUUUAUUCUGAAAAUUAUUAUUUCUUCUCCAAUCCUCCACAGUGUCAAGCAGACAUAAAAGGAGAUGAGAAAAAGAGGGGAAAUAAGUUUCAGUGAACACAACAUGAAAUUUAAUCAGUCUCUUUUUCUACACUGUCAUUAUCUGUUUCUGUUUCUUUGUAUUUGUCAUCAUGUUUAUCAUGGCCUUCUAAAGUCUGAAGGUUUGUCCAAACUGAAACAAGUUUCUACCAUUUCAUAUGUCAUGUCCAACCCCCCCCCCCAACCCCUUGAUUGGGUGUCUUUCCAAACAUAGACCAUUUCUUUUACAUGCUGCAGAAGUUGGGGGAAUCUGAGAGGUGGAAUCUACACACACAUAAAAAAGCUGUGGAAAAAUACAUUGAAUUUUGCAUAGCUCACUGUCCCCAUCUAGUGUCACGUUUGUAUUGCGCACUUUACAACACAUUUAAAACGUUUUAUUUGCAGGUGUGCAGCUGAGUCCAGAGGCUAUGUUGUUCAGAGGCUUUGCCAUCAUGUUGCAGGAGGGAUAUCCUUGGCAGAAUUCCAGACUGCAUUCCUUGGCUAAAUACCUGAAGAUGUUCUUCUGUUCUCUGUAAUGUAUGGAAGUACCUUUCGAACACCAAAUCCUAACUGUGCUGUUUGGUUUGUAAUCCAUUCAAAUGCAGAAGCAGUGCUAUGAUCUCUUACGUUUCUGCAUUUGAAACUUGGAUCCAACACCUUUGCAGCAGCACAGAUUGGAUGGCAACAAAAUUAUGUUGCUCUGUCCUUUUACCCCACUUUCCAUCAAGAGGACAGAAAGCUCUGUUUGUAACUGUUGAGGUUCAGCUUAUUGGGCUGGAUUCCAAUUCAUAAUCAGUCAUGAAGCUCCUUUAGUUGCUCAGUGCCAUCUUCUGUCUUUAAGCCUUUCCUACCUUUCACUGAGCCUAGAGAUGUGUGUAGUUGCUGGUUUUGACACCCACAAUGGCUUUAAUGUAGUUACCAUUUUCUUUUGCACACAGUAUGUACAAAGUAUAUCUGAUAGACUUCAGGGUUCUCUGUAUUGUUUUGUUGGAAGCAUGUAAUUACCUGGCUCUAGUUAUGACCUGGAAAAAACCCCAACAACGUUGUGUUGAACCCCCCCCCCCAAAAAACCCCAUCCAACCCCUAAUUUCCAGGAGAACCUGCAGUCUAUAAGUAAUUUUGAAACUUUGCAGCAGUGACAGCAGGAACAUAUUGAAAAGCUUACAACUAAUCAUAAUCAUAAUCAUUUUAUUUAUUUUAUUUAAAGUAUUGUUAUCCCACAGUUCAGCCAAAACAAAGAGAAGUUUUCAAAGGUCAUCGAUAACAGCCUCUGCUCUCAGGUUUGCAGUCUAAAAAAAAUGAAUGGAAUGGAAUAUUUUCAAGGAGAGGCAGAGGCGCCAACUUGCGCCCAAGACUGGGGGGCUUUGGCACAUGUCACAAGUUGGUGACAUUAUGUAUGUGGCGUCAUGUGUGUGUGUAACGUCGUGUGUGUUGUACACAGCAUCAUAUCAUCAGGAGGAGGCUGAGUGCAGAGCCCAGUGUGGUGCGGCUUCAGUGGCUGGUGGCUCCUCUUUCGCAUUCAUGUGGAGCCAGUCACUGAAGCUGCAUCCCUCUUGGCUCCAUGCUCAGCCUCCUUUGCCUGCUUCCAACAGAUUUUCUUGGUGGGCAAACACACCUCAGCCCCAUAGAGUUGGCGCACCCAAGGAUAGGAGAAGCAAAAGUUUCUGGUCUUUUAGCAGCCCCCUACAGUUGGGGGCUAGAGUCAGUAAAGUCUUCCUGUUUGUCCUGUAUAUGCUUCAGUUGCACAAGGAACAGACAUAAGAAUAUUUAGUUCUGAGAUGGAAAAGCCAGGCAGUUCAUUCUGCUUUUUAAAAAUUUUCUCUUGCUUUGUUCUGGUGCUAUGUGAGCUGCUUCUAGCAUGAGAGCUUUGCACUCUUCUGCACUCUUAGAUGUACAGUGAGAAUGUAGCAAGGGAAGGUAGGGCUCAUUACUUAAUGACUCCCUAUGUCUUUAUGUCCAUGCAGCCUUGUAACAGCUGGCUUGUUUGGUCUUGCAAGGUGGUGCCUGAGGCCCACUGGUUACAUCACCCUAUCUUGUUCUGCCUAUUCCAGUCUGGUAUGGUGUCUAUUGCAUCCUUUUUGCAUAAAUGUAUAUAAGAUUUGCUGGGUUUAUAUGUGCUACUUGGUCUCGUCUUCUUAGCGCCAUUUUGUACAAUAUGUAGCAGUAAACCCAGGUUUCUCUGCAGAAUGUACACCUAAAAUAUCAAAACCAUGGUUUCAGGGCUGUCCCUCAGGUUUGCACUCUUCAGAUGCUUUCCUUUCCUUUCCAGGUUGGGUUAAUUACAGUUUACCAUUUACAUUUGUUUUCACAAACCACUGUUGGCCUGCAAUGCAGAACUGGAAGCCAUAGCUUUAUGGUUUCUAGUUCAGUGUUAGAGACCAACUAUGGUUUGUUCAAACCAAGAGGGUGAGGGAGAGAAUAAAGAAUAUGGAAGCCUGAGCCAUGGUUUUGCUGUUAUUUGUGAAGUCAGAAAAUUCUUUCUUGACUAUUUCACACCAUGUGAACUUGUUUAAUAAAUCAGGCUUGCACUUAAUGAGGAACAUAGGAAUCUCCCUUAUGCUGAGUCAUGCCAUUGGGGCAUUUGUUUUAUACAGCAGCUUUCCAGAGUUUCAGAUUAGGGUCUCCUAGCCAUACCUGGAGAUGUUUGGGAUUGAACCUGUAACUUUCAACUUGCAAAAAUCAGUUACCCUACUGAUGAACUAUGUCUCUAGGCUCUCCUCCCUAUUGCUGGGACUUCCCACAAUCCUUGGGAAGUGACAAAGCAGAUAGAGCCCUGUGUUUAUUGUCCCUCUCUCUCUCUCUCUAUAUAUAUAUAUAUAUAGAGAGAGAGAGAGAGAGAGAGAAAGAAAGAGAGAGUAGGAGACUGAACACAGGGUAAGAACUCUCUGUCCUUCAGCUGCCUUAAAAGGACUAGUCAACAUUAAAGCAGAAGGACACUGAGCUGUAUGCACAAGCAUGAUUGCACUGGCAAGUUAAAAUACUCACACAGGGCUCCACAAAUUUUGGCUGGUCUUAGUUGUCCAGCCAAAACUUGUGGAUGCCAGGACCUUCCCUUCCCCUUCCCUUUGGCUUCUAUGAACCUAUGAACAGUGUCAGGGACACUGCCUCCCCUCACUACAAGUACGAAGCUGGAGAAGGAAGAAAGGUGGAUCAUCUCGAUGUUUGUUCAACUGUGUGGAUGAUUCCCUUUACUUCAGGUCCAAGCUUGAGUAAGUUGUUGUGGUGUGGAGCCAGGGGCAGUUGGAACACUGGCUGUCGAGCAUCCAGUCAACUACCCCCAGAUUCUUCCCAUAGAGCCAAAGAGAGAGGUAGAGCUUAUUUUUGUGUUAAGCAGGUAGGCUCUCCGGUGCGCUAUGCUUGAUGCCGAAGUGGGCAGUCCCAAGCUUUGUCUACAGAGCUGGAGGAGAAGGCUGGACCUGAGUGCCCCCACCACCAAAGCUGCCAGUCUCAAGGGCAAGGAUUUUCUUUGUAACUGACCUGUGCUCCUAGGUUCAGUACUGAAGGAGUGUUGCACUUUCCCUCCGUAGCCCUGAGCGAAAGUAGAAGGCUGGGACUCCUCAUCACACUCACUCCAAGGGAUCGCUUGCCAUGGUGAAAGUGACUAGGGAAGAUGCUUCUCUUGAACUUUUUCCUGUCUCAAUUUGCAUAUGGAUCAUUGUCCAGUUAUUCACUGUUCCCGGUUUGUUUCUUUUCAAGGAGAGGAGCUGUGUUGUUUGCCACUUGGUGCUCACCUGAUGCAAUUGCUGCUUGCCCCAGGGGUGCAGGCAAGUUUCAUAUGGCAAGGCUGCAUUAGGCUACUGAUAAGUUGGCAUGUAAAAACAAGUUGCAAGCAACCCACAAAUAGAGCAUAUGCCAUGCGCAUCUAAGGUCAAGGUUUUUUGUAAUCCUUAGCAUUUCUGCUUUAGGAAGCAUGACUGGGAAGGCUUUGUACCUCAGACUCAGGUGGUCCUGCCAUGCAAAACAUGGAUAAUUGUUCAGACCUGGUAUAAAUUAGGACCCUAUCUCUAGAACUUUGAGACAUCACUUAGUUAGUGACCAUGGACAGAAUCUGGGGAGGGAAGGGUUCGUGCUUUGACUUGACAUGAGGUACCUAUCUCACGGUGUUGUUCCUCAAUGCAGUAUCUCAUAGUCUCCUCCCUACUUUGGGGACUGAGUGGUCAAACUGUCCUAUAAAUAGAAAUGAUGGAUAAUACAGUAUUCAGCUUUCACUCAGAGCAGGCCCAUUAGAAAUAAUGGACCCAAGUAAAUCGUUAAUUUCAAUAGGUCUACUCUGAGAGGGACUAACAUUGGCUACAACCCAAUAAUUCUUUGUGGAAUCCAGUCAACUGUUUAUUAGAACUGCAUCUCUUUCACAGCAGCAAAUAUUUCCCCCUUCUUUUCCCACAAAAAUUGAUCAUGUCCUCCAAUACAUGUAAAUAGUGGACAGAAGAGUGUUUAAAACGAUGUUGCAACUACAUUGUCGAUCCUAAUUAGCAAGUGUUGGCAGCAAACCACAGUUUAAACUCUCAUUGAUGCAAUUAUUAUUCUUGACAAAUAUGUGCCCUUUAAAUUGCUUCCAGAUGAUAAGGGCUGCAGAAGUUAAUUAAAUGUGUUUUUAGGCAUGCACCCCUACUUCAAAUCCAGAAAAUGGCCAUUCAAACAGUAUGGAAAUCAUUAUGAAUUUGGUUAUUCUGUUUCCUAAUUCUGUUUUUCAUAAUCUUAGAAUGCUGUUAAUGGAGCCUUGUAUAUAAGGCUACAGAUUACAGUUGCUCAUCUCAUCUCCUCUUCUCUCUGCCCCCUGCCCCCCAGUAGUCUAUCCUUUUCCAAGUUUCUUUUCUUCUCUUUCGUUCUGAAUGGGUACACCUGAGACUGGAAAUCCUCAGCUUCUGUCUGCUUCGUAUUUUAAGCCUGGGAUAACCCAAAUAAACAUGCAUUGGAUUGCAAUCUAGAUCUAGAAGAAAGAGUUGCCUCACAGCUUUCAGAAUUCAGCCAUGCCUUGGACAGGGCUGUGUUCCAUAGUCAAUGUGUUGUAACUGUUGCAAUGUUAGAGGCUGUAGAUCUAGGGUUAGGCAGUAGGAAGGAACUUUUCAUACAGCCUCCAGAAUGUAGCCUUGUUUGACACUUGUUUUUGCGUUCUGGAGGUGAGCCUUGGGACUGUUCUGUUCCUCUUUUCAGGGACAGCCUUUUGACCUUUAAGUGCUGUUAGCUGUUAGGACAGCAUAGAGAAAGAAGGCUCACUUUGGGAUAUUCUUGCAUGGUACUGGCAAUGAAGUAUAGUGCAUAUUUAUGCUAAGUCUGAGUUGGAAAUCAAGGGUCCUUCAACACUACCGGGACUUAUGUUGUAUAAAUAAUCUCUCUUAUUUGUGUCUUCCCCCCUCUUUUCAUUACUUCUAAAAUAGAUUUUUCCUGAUUUAGAAAUUAUGUCGUACAAUCAGAAAUACCUCAAUACUGUACAAACUUUCCUAAUAAAACAUUAGUGAAAUAAAACACUUGUAAGGAAAAGAAGAAGCUAGUUUUCACCUGUAUGCCAUAUAUAGGUACCUGUGGUACUAACAUUUCAUGUGCAUUCUGGAAUGGCAGUAGAUUGACCAGAUUCCUCUUAAAUAGAUUUCUCAGGAAAUAUAUUUGUUUUUUAGCCCCUUAGCGAAGUGCAUAUACUUUGUCUUCAUUAAGCCCUUGUUACUAGAUGAUGCAACUGAGUCUUGCUUUUUCGUGCUGUAGAAUAACGCAUUGCCUGGGCACAGAAUUUUAAACUUUUCCACUGCAGAGUACAUAUAGCUCUGAGAUUAGUUAGGUUUGUGGCAGAGAGACAGUGUUUGUAUUAUUCUGUAGGUCAGCUUGUGUUAGGUAUGAAAUAAUCUUAGGAAGGGAGCUAUCCCAUGUAAACACGUGAAUGUUCAUGUUUUAGAAGACUCAGGCAGUUCUAUCGUUUGCUGUAAUGGAUGAGCAUUAUAAAUAUAUAUUUGUCACAGAUAUUUAUUAAGCACAGAUUCAUUCAGUGUCUGGUAUUCUGUGGUAUAUCUGAUAGAGCUAAACAGAACAGCAUGCAGGAUUCUUGGGUGCAGGUGAAUUGCAAUUAAGUUUUAAAAAAAUGGUAAUCCAGGAUAGUUUGGUUUUUUAAAAAGAAGAAGAGUUGGCUUUAUAUUUCCAAUACAAACACACGUCCAGAAAAGGAUAUUGCAAAAUAAGAUAAAUCUACUUGUGUUUGCCUUGUGUGGUUCGAGAAAAGAGCAGCUGUGUCUUUAAAAAAAGAUAUCCAGUGAGUCACCCCUGCUCUGUUGGUAGAUCCCUGGUUUGCCAGCAGUAAAGCUGCUUGAGGGGUAUAAUAGAACAUUCCAUUUCCUGUUCCCUUGCUGACACAGAGGAGUGUUCCUACUGGCAGUGAUCUAAUCAUAGUGCAGUAAGAAUCAUGGCAGUUUGAUAAAACAUGGUGGAGACAGCGGCUGAAAUGGAAGCGUAUGUUUUAGAAGACAUUCUUGAGGUGGAGUCCUUUAUUUUGGAUCAGGAUGACCUGGAAAAUCCAAUGCUGGAGACAGCUUCAAAAUUGCUGCUGUCGAGUACUGCUGAUGGUGCUGAUCUAAGAACAGUAGAUCCAGAAACCCAAGCUAGGUUAGAAGCUUUACUGGAAGCUGCAGGAAUAGGUAAAUUAUCCACAGCUGAUGGAAAAGCCUUUGCAGAUCCCGAGGUGCUUCGCAGAUUGACGUCUUCGGUCAGCUGUGCGUUAGAUGAAGCUGCUGCUGCACUCACCCGAAUGAGGGCUGAAAGUACAGCAAAUUCAGGGCAGAUGGACAACCGCAGCUUGGCAGAAGCCUGUUCAGAAGGUGAUGUAAAUGCUGUGCGAAAAUUGCUAAUUGAAGGGAGAAGUGUGAAUGAGCACACUGAAGAAGGGGAAAGUCUUCUUUGUUUAGCUUGCUCAGCUGGAUAUUAUGAACUUGCUCAGGUUCUCCUGGCAAUGCAUGCAAAUGUUGAAGACAGAGGAAUCAAAGGAGAUGUAACACCUUUAAUGGCUGCUGCUAAUGGAGGACAUGUCAAAAUGGUCAAGUUGCUGCUAGCUCAUGGCGCUGACGUGAAUGCACAGUCUUCAACAGGGAACACGGCACUCACAUAUGCCUGUGCUGGAGACUAUGUAGAUGUGGUCAAGGCCCUGUUGGAGUCGGGGGCUAGUAUUGAGGACCAUAACGAAAAUGGCCAUACUCCUCUCAUGGAGGCAGGGAGCGCUGGGCAUGUGGAAGUUGCCAGAGUGCUGCUGGAAAACGGAGCUGGAAUCAAUACACAUUCCAAUGAAUUUAAGGAAAGUGCACUGACACUGGCUUGCUAUAAAGGUCAUUUAGAAAUGGUGAGGUUUUUGCUGGAAGCAGGUGCAGACCAGGAGCAUAAAACAGAUGAAAUGCAUACGGCAUUAAUGGAGGCAUGCAUGGAUGGGCAUGUGGAAGUUGCAAGGCUACUCCUUGAUAGUGGUGCUCAAGUGAACAUGCCUGCUGAUUCCUUCGAAUCUCCAUUAACUCUGGCAGCCUGCGGUGGACACGUAGAGCUGGCUGCCUUAUUAAUAGAGCGAGGGGCUAACCUGGAAGAGGUGAACGAUGAAGGCUACACACCAUUGAUGGAAGCAGCCCGAGAGGGUCAUGAGGAGAUGGUGGCAUUACUCCUAGGUCAAGGAGCCAACAUCAAUGCCCAGACAGAAGAGACCCAAGAAACUGCCUUAACUUUAGCGUGCUGUGGAGGCUUUCUGGAAGUGGCUGAUUUUCUUAUCAAAGCGGGAGCUGAUAUAGAGCUUGGCUGCUCAACCCCUUUGAUGGAAGCUGCCCAGGAGGGUCACUUGGAGCUAGUUAAAUACUUAUUAGCUGCAGGAGCUAACGUGCAUGCAACAACAGCAACAGGAGACACAGCGCUGACAUAUGCCUGUGAGAAUGGCCAUACCGAUGUAGCAGAUGUGUUGCUUCAAGCAGAUGCGGAUCUGGAACAUGAAUCUGAAGGGGGAAGAACUCCUUUAAUGAAAGCUGCAAGAGCAGGUCAUGUCUGUACUGUUCAGUUCUUAAUUAGCAAGGGAGCAAAUGUGAAUAGGACCACAGCUAACAAUGAUCAUACAGUAUUGUCGCUUGCCUGCGCUGGAGGCCACCUGUCGGUUGUGGAGUUGCUGUUAGCUCAUGGAGCUGAUCCUACACACAGACUGAAGGAUGGUUCAACCAUGCUAAUAGAAGCCGCUAAGGGUGGUCAUACCAGUGUGGUUUGUUACCUGUUGGACUACCCUAACAAUCUGCUUUCUGCUCCUCCGCCCGAGUCUACCCAGCUGACUCCUCCAUCUCACGAUUUAAAUAGGGCUCCUCGUGUACCAGUGCAGGCACUUCCCAUGGUCGUCCCUCCCCAAGAGCCAGACAAACCCCCUGCCAACGUCGCCACAACCCUUCCCAUCAGAAAUAAAGCCACUUCCAAACAAAAGUCCAGCAACCAUUUGCAACCAAACAGCCCAGAUGUACAAGGUUACAUCGCCAAUCAGUCUCCAGAGAGUAUUGUUGAGGAGGCUCAGGGCAAGCUGACAGAGUUGGAGCAAAGGAUAAAAGAGGCCAUAGAGAAGAAUGCACAGCUGCAGUCUUUGGAAUUGGCGCAUGCUGACCAGCUCACCAAGGAGAAGAUUGAGGAGCUGAACAAAACGAGAGAGGAGCAAAUUCAGAAGAAGCAAAAGAUCUUAGAGGAGCUGCAGAAAGUCGAGCGGGAACUGCAGCUGAAAACACAGCAGCAACUGAAAAAGCAAUACCUGGAGGUUAAAGCGCAGAGAAUCCAACUGCAGCAGCAGCAGCAGCAACAACAGUCGUGUCAGCACUUAGGACUUCUGACUCCUGUUGGGGUAGGAGAGCAGCUGACCGAGGGAGACUAUGCACGGUUGCAACAGGUGGACCCGUACUUGCUCAAAGACGAUCUCCAGCAAACGGCGGCCCAGAUGGGCUUCGCUCCGAUCCAGCCUCUUGCCAUGCCGCAAGCUUUGCCUCUUUCUGCGGGUUCCUUACCUCCAGGGUCUAUUGCAAAUCUUACAGAACUGCAAGGUGUCAUAGUUGGACAGCCAGUACUGGGCCAAGCACAACUUACAGGGCUGGGGCAAGGAAUUCUGACAGACGCACAGCAGGGGUUAAUGGUAGCCAGCCCUGCCCAGACCCUCAAUGACACGCUGGAUGACAUCAUGGCAGCAGUGAGUGGAAGAGCACCUGCGGUGUCGAACACUCCUACCCACAGCAUUGCGACGUCUGUCUCCCAACCUCAGACACCAGCUCCAAGCCCUAUCAUUUCUCCCUCAGCCAUGCUACCAGUCUACCCUGCCAUAGAUAUUGAUGCGCAGACUGAAAGUAACCACGACACUGCUUUGACCCUUGCAUGUGCUGGUGGACAUGAGGAGCUGGUGCAAACGCUCCUAGAGCGGGGAGCUAAUAUUGAACACAGGGACAAAAAAGGAUUUACCCCCCUUAUUUUGGCUGCUACAGCUGGUCAUGUCGGUGUUGUUGAGAUCUUGUUGGAUAAUGGUGCAGAUAUUGAAGCUCAGUCUGAGAGAACCAAGGACACACCAUUAUCUUUAGCUUGUUCUGGAGGAAGACAGGAGGUGGUGGAGCUUCUGCUAGCUAGAGGGGCAAAUAAAGAGCACAGAAAUGUUUCUGACUACACACCUUUAAGCUUAGCUGCUUCUGGUGGUUAUGUGAACAUCAUCAAGAUACUGUUGAAUGCCGGUGCAGAGAUCAAUUCAAGAACUGGUAGCAAGCUGGGCAUCUCUCCAUUAAUGUUGGCAGCCAUGAAUGGUCAUACUGCUGCUGUUAAGCUGCUGUUGGACAUGGGUUCUGAUAUUAAUGCACAGAUAGAGACCAAUAGGAAUACUGCCCUGACACUGGCCUGUUUCCAAGGAAGAACCGAAGUGGUUAGCCUUCUCCUUGAUAGAAAAGCUAAUGUUGAGCACAGAGCUAAGACCGGCCUGACACCCUUAAUGGAAGCUGCCUCUGGUGGAUAUGCAGAAGUAGGUAGAGUUCUUCUGGACAAAGGUGCAGAUGUAAACGCUCCGCCAGUCCCUUCUUCAAGAGACACAGCUCUGACCAUUGCAGCAGACAAAGGGCAUUACAAGUUCUGUGAGCUGCUCAUUAGCAGGGGAGCUCACAUCGAUGUCCGGAACAAAAAAGGAAAUACUCCAUUAUGGCUUGCUGCAAACGGUGGUCAUUUAGAUGUUGUCCAGUUGCUAGUACAAGCCGGAGCAGAUGUAGAUGCUGCUGAUAACAGAAAGAUAACCCCACUGAUGGCAGCCUUUCGAAAGGGUCAUGUAAAAGUUGUACGCUACCUGGUAAAAGAAGUAAACCAGUUCCCAUCAGAUUCAGAAUGUAUGAGAUACAUAGCAACAGUUACUGACAAGGAAAUGCUGAAGAAGUGCCACCUCUGUAUAGAAUCAAUUGUUCAAGCCAAAGACAGGCAGGCUGCUGAAGCAAACAAGAAUGCAAGCAUUCUUUUAGAGGAGUUGGAUUUGGAGAAGCUACGGGAAGAAAGCAGAAGGCUGGCAUUAGCUGCUAAAAGAGAGAAAAGAAAGGAGAAGAGAAGAAAGAAAAAGGAAGAGCAAAGGAGGAAGCUGGAAGAAAUAGAGGCAAAAAACAAAGAGAAUUUUGAACUACAAGCUGCUCAAGAAAAGGAAAAACUAAAAGCUGAAGAUGAGCCAGGGAUCCUAACCGAACCACCCAGUGCUACCACAACGACCACCAUAGGUAUAUCUGCAACAUGGACAACUUUGGCAGGUUCCCAUGGCAAAAGAAACAAUACUGUCACUACGAGCAGCUCUAAGAGGAAAAGCAGGAGAAACAAAAUUGGCCAAGAUACUGUUCAGAUCAUCUUUGAUGAUCAGCUCCCCAUCUCCUAUUCUCAACCAGAGAAAAUAAAUGGCGAAUCCAAAAGCAGCAGUACCAGUGAAAGUGGUGAUAGUGACAACAUGAGGAUUUCCAGCUGUAGUGAUGAAAGCAGCAAUAGUAACAGCAGCCACAAGAGUGACAGUCUUUCUUCCACAGCAGUCACUAAUGCUCAGAGCAGCAAGAAGCAGCCAUCUGUGCUGGUCACUUUCCCAAAAGAAGAGCGAAAAGCAGUUUCUGGAAAAUCUUCAGUCAAGUUGUCAGAAGUUAUUAGCGAAGUAACUGGCAAUUCCUUAUCUACUUGCACAAAACCUUCUCCAUCGCCGCUGUCUUCUCCUAAUGGAAAAUUGACCUUAGCUAGCCCUAAACGUGGUCAGAAGAGGGAGGAAGGAUGGAAGGAGGUUGUAAGAAGAUCAAAGAAGGUUUCUGUUCCAUCAACUGUCAUUUCCAGAGUUAUUGGAAGAGGUGGUUGCAACAUCAAUGCUAUCCGGGAGUUUACUGGCGCGCAUAUAGACAUUGAUAAGCAGAAAGACAAAACAGGGGACAGAAUCAUAACAAUAAGGGGAGGCACAGAAUCAACAAGACAAGCAACACAGCUCAUAAACGCUCUGAUUAAGGAUCCCGACAAAGAAAUCGAUGAACUAAUUCCAAAGAACCGUUUGAGAAGCUCUGUGGCCUAUCCCAAAACAGGGACGCACGCCAGCACCACGACUACUCACAAUUCCGUCGCUGGGAGCAAGGUGACCACUGUCGCAAUCUCGUCGUCAUCUCAGAUGGCUACAGCGCUUUCUGUGCCUGUCCUUCCUCCAGCACCGACACAUAAAGCAGUCAAGAACCCGGUGAAUAACGUGCGGCCUGGAUUUCCAGUUUCUCUGCCGUUGGCGUACCCUCCUCCCCAGUUUGCACACGCGCUGCUUGCUGCUCAGACUUUCCAGCAGAUCCGUCCGCCGAGGUUACCCAUGACCCACUUUGGAGGAACUUUUCCGCCGCCUCAGUCCACCUGGGGUCCUUUCCCAGUUCGGCCUCUGAGCCCUGCAAGAGCUACUAACUCACCUAAGCCUCACACGGUGCCUCGCCAUAACAAUCAGAACAGCAGCGGUUCUCAGGUGAAUUCAGUGGGUUCGUCGGCUCCCAGCCCAACAGCUACCACAAGUCCCGCCGUGUCUGCUGUGCCUGUUCCUCCUGCAAAUGGCAGCCCCAGCUCACCUUCCGUCCGAAGGCAACUAUUUGUCACCGUGGUCAAGACAUCCAGCACCACCACGACCACAAUUGCAACCACGGCCAGCAACAACAGCACAACGCCCACCAACGCCACAUACCCUUUUCCUACUGCCAAAGAGCACCACCCUGUGUCGUCCACUUCCUCCCCUUCACCGCCAGCCCAGCCAGCCAGGGUUUCCAGAAGCAGUCCUUCAGAAUGUGUCGCAAGUUCUCCGAGCAAAGGGGCGCCCGCCUCGGACCAGGAUGGGAGUAGCCCCCCAGUAGCGGAAGCAGCAAAUCUGACCAGCAACAGGCAGGCGAAUAGCGGCUCUGCUGGGAUUCCCUCGGAGCAUCUUGCUCAGCCUCAGUCACUCGGGUCUGUUUCCCAGGAAGCAAGGCCACCUUUGCAGCAGCAGCCUCAGGUUCAGUCACCAGAUCCGCGAAUGGCCGUGCCUCCAAACUUAGUAGCUGCGAGUUCUGCUGCCCCAGUAGUUGUGCCUGCCAGUACGCCAGCGAACUAUCUCUUGCCUCAGGCAUCGGCGGGACCUGCUCAGCCAUCUCCGCCAGCUAAAAUGGAAAGCCCCGCGAUCAGGCUGCCAUCCCAUGGGGCAAACCCCGUGCACAAGAAUUCCGCUCCCGUUCAGAGUUCUUCAGUUGCCGUCCUCAAUAUCAGCCACAUCAAAAGACCCCACAGUGUUCCUUCUUCAGUGCAACUCCCUUCUACCUUAAGUACGCAAAGUGUCUCUCAAAAUUCUGUCCAUCCGGCAAACAAGCCCAUGGCUCCAAAUUUCAGUGCUGCUUUGCCAUUUGGGCCCUUCAGCACACUGUUUGAGAACGGCCCUGCCUCUGCUCAUGCCUUCUGGGGUGGAUCUGUCUUGUCAUCUCAGGCAGCGCCGGAAUCCAUUCUGUCUGGGAAGUCUUCAUUUCUGCCAAACUCGGAUCCCUUGCACCAGUUAGAUACUUCCAAAGCCCCAGGUUUUAGGCCCCCACUUCAGAGACCAGCUCCGAGUCCCUCAGGUAUUGUCAGUAUGGAUUCACCAUAUGGUUCUGUAACACCACCUUCUGCGCACUUGGGUACCUUUGGCUCAAACCUUUCAAACAGUCAAGUAUAUGCACCAGGAACAGCCCUUGGGGGAGCACCGGCAGCUGCUAAUUUUAACAGACAGCAUUUUUCUCCACUGAACCUAUUGCCUCCAUGUUCCUCUGCAUCAAAUGAACCACCUGCUCAGCCAGUGUCUGCUGGAGUCAGAGCACCAUCUCCAACCCCUUCAUCUGUUUCCCUGGGGUCAGAAAAACCCAGCAAUGUCUCUCAGGACAGAAAGGUCCCUGUCCCAAUUGGAACAGAGCGUUCUGCACGUAUCAGACAAACUGGAACGUCUACACCUUCUGUUAUAGGGAGCAACUUGGCCACUCCAGUGGGGCACAGUGGUAUAUGGUCUUUUGAAGGGAUAGGAGGAAACCAAGCUGAUAAAGUAGAUUGGUGCCACAGUGGAAUGGGGAACCAUAUGAUUCACAGACCAAUGUCUGAUCCAGGCGUAUUCUCGCAACAUCAAACAAUGGAGAGAGACAGCACAGGAAUUGUAACUCCUUCCGGUACAUUCCAUCAGCAUGUCCCUGCUGGAUACAUGGACUUCCCUAAAGUUGGGGGCAUGCCUUUCUCAGUGUAUGGGAACGCAAUGAUUCCUCCUGUCGCACCCAUUGCAGAUGGUACUGGAGGGCCUAUAUUCAAUGGACCUCACGCUGCUGACCCAUCUUGGAACUCACUUAUAAAGAUGGUUUCAAAUUCCACAGAGAAUAAUGGCCCUCAGACGGUAUGGACUGGAACGUGGACACCCCAUAUGAACAGUGUGCAUAUGAACCAGCUGGGUUGAGGGGGGGGGAGUCUCUUCGGAUAGCCCAGAGAUUUCCUUUCGGCUUGGAGGAGAAUGCAAAUGGCAGCACCCGUUUUCCUCGUCUCUCAGAUCAUUCUUCUGAUAGGUUGGACUGAUGUAGGCUUUUGCAGAGGAGCAUACUAACUGACCCUUUUCUGUGAACAUUGUGACUGCCCAUUCCCCGCCGUCAUAUGGUUCCACUUAGCCUCUCUUAGUUUCAUUUUCUUUCCCCUUUGAUUAUUAUUAAUUUUUUGGGACAUAACUUUCUGUUGAAGCUGUUCUUUGGCUGGUUGGUUUUUAGUACUGUAAGCUGCUUCUGGGCAUACACAGAAAUUUAGCAAAAUUAUGUAAACUUGAUCCCGAAGUUUUAGAAUGGCAAAUAAAUGUACAAUUGUUUACAUAACAGAAA